AGGGGGGUCAGUGCUUACAACUUAGCGAAGCUUCGCAGGAAAUUAGCGUCAUGUCUGUUAGUUUGUUAUGAAAAAAAGUCAUUGGCAUGAUGUUGUGCUGCUGUGUUUGGCUUGGAUUUAAAGCUUGAUUUGAGUAAUGUCACAAGAAAUGUCUGGUGUUCCGAACAGUGGAAUAAGUUCAGAUAUGAAUUCUACAUUGGGAAAUCUGCCGUCAGUAGGUCCUGCAAAUCAAAACUCUGUAAAUAGUACUCCACAAACCAGUGCAACAACAAUGCAAACUCAAUCACAACCACAGACACAGCAGUCGCAAUUUACAUCUCAGACUCCAAAGGCACAGUCUCAACCUUCAUCUCAAUCUAGUGUUCAAAAUUCCACAUUGGAUUACCCUCAGUUUCUAACGAAAACAAGGCUGCAAGAUCUAGUCAAAGAAGUAGAUCCAACAGAACAGCUUGAUGAAGAGGUGGAAGAAAUGCUACUGCAGCUAGCAGAUGAUUUUGUAGAGACAACGAUCAAUGCUGCAUGCCUGUUGGCUAAACAUCGUCAUGCAAACACAGUUGAAGUAAAAGAUGUUCAACUACAUUUAGAGAAAAAUUGGAAUAUGUGGAUACCUGGCUUUGGUACAGAUGAAAUUCGUCCAUACAAGCGAGCUACUGUGACAGAAGCUCACAAGCAGAGAUUAGCUUUGAUUCGCAAGUCUAUUAAGAAAUAUUAAUGUUUAACUCUCCUGUAUAUAAUAUAGAAAUAAUUCGUUUCUCAUUAAUUUUGAGUCAUCUUGUAUCCAUUUUGAUCAUAAAAGAAGACUGCAUCAUAUUAAAGAGGUACGAAAUUUCAUUUUUAAUAUGGAUAGAACGUUAAAUUUAUGAAAAGUCAUUUUUAAAUGAGAAAAACACUUUUGUAUAAAUAUAAACAAAAAUAAGGCAUGUUUGUAAUUGAAAUUCUCUUGGUCAAAUCGAUAUUAGAUACCGGUAUCUUUAUUAAAGAGAUAAUUCUAGAUGAAUUAAUUUAUUUUAUGUAUGAGACAACUCGUUUGAUGGAUACAAAAUAAUUACAAUUUAUUGUAUUAUAUAAAAUAGAUAUUAUUUGUGUGAGAAUGGUUGGUUCUUAGAAACAAGUGACCAACAGCAUUGAAUAAUUAGAUUUUUCAUAGUCUUUGACAUUAAACAUAAAUAUAUUUUUACAUUAUAUUGAACGAAUUCAAAACGCUGUACAAUCAAUCAUUAUAUUAAAAUGCAAAGUUUGUUGUCAUCCUGCAGGGUGUGUAAUAAAGAAUUUUCUGUCGAAAUUCACGAACAGUAA